AUGCACCGCCACCAGGGCCGCCGCCCCGGCAUCCAAGACCUUGACACCACCGCACCGGAGACCGGCCUCUAUCCCAACCAAAGAGACGAGCAGAAAAGGAUCCGCCUUUGCACCCCUGGCCCACCCCCAGCAUCGAGACCCAAUAGGUCGGCCAACACUGGCAUCCAUCGACCUAUCCUGCAGCCCAGAGCGCGAGACGAGAUCGGUCCUGCAGCACCGUGGGGCCGGGACGAGGUCAGUCCUGCUGCACCGUGCGCGAGACGAGCUCGGUCCUGCUGCACCGGGCGCGAGACGAGCGAUGGACCGCAGAUGGGAAAGGGCCAGCCCUUCGAAGGGAGUAGCGCCGAGCGCCGAGGAGAUGGAGAGAAGGCCGAAACGGUCCGAUUGCAGACAAACCAACGCCGGAGAAGCCGGCCGCCGCCGCAAGCAGAUCCACCAAGCCACCAUGGAGCCGCCAAGCCACCAUGGAGCCGCCACGACACCGGGAGUCCACCACCGCCGGACCUCCACACGUCGCCUCCCACGGCCGGAACAACGGCCACGCCAGGCCGCUGCCCUACCCGCGUCGCCUGGCGAGCUCAUAGCGCCGGAGCCGCCGGGCACGCACCACCACCGCCACGCACCGCCGGCCGACGCCCACCACCAGAUCCGGCUGGAUCCAGCAGGGGGCUGACCACGCGCCACCUCCCGAGUCGGGAGCGCCGCAGCCGCCCCGCCAUGCACGAGACCCCAGGGCACCGGCACGCCGCCACCAGCCGGCCGCUCCGCGAGCCCGCCGCCGAGCUACUGAAUCCCGCGAAGUCCAGCGCCGCAGAGCCCGAGGAGGCCGCCCCGCACCGGCGUCCCACGAGCAGGGGGGAGAAGGGCCCCGCCGCCGUCGCGCCCACCGGGCUUUGCCCGACGGAGCUCGCCAGCGACGGCGGGGGCGAAGGGAGGACGGAGGGUCCGAGGCUACAGCAGGCAGUAAAACUGGGCAUAUACAAGCAUGGUCUGCCUCUGCUGCAAGAGGUGAUGUGA